UUUUCUACGUCAAACAUAGCCAGUUUGACUUCGACUGCCGUGUACAGAACCCGCGGCUGGAGGAAAAAGUUUCAGGAGGAAAGCUUGUGACCUCAUCUCGCGGGCACUUUCGUCGGCAGCGUCUGGUGGUUUCCAGCUGCGUUCGCUUCUGCAGGCACGUGCGACGAUCGCGCGCGUUGGCGCGCGCAAGCACCACCGUGCGUAGUUGCGUUGAAGCCGUAGCCGCUGAUUCGCAGAUUGUGUUCAGUGGUGCGCGUCACAUAGAGCGUGCGCAGGCGCUGCUGCCUCAGGCUGACAUAUUGAAGAAGGGCAUGGCUGCAACAAACCUAGCCCGUGCGGCCACAACCAAGCCUGCCAGCAAGGCAGUCAACUUAGACCAAUUUGACCCAACACAAGUUCAACUGCUGGAAGAGCAGUGCAUUCUAGUCGAUGAGCAAGAUCACGCACUUGGAUCAUGCAGCAAGAAAGACUGCCACCUGAUGGAGAAUAUCAACAAGGGGUUCUUGCACAGAGCCUUCAGUGUCUUUUUAUUCAAUUCAAAAAAUGAGCUACUGUUACAGCAACGAUCUGAUGCAAAGAUAACAUUUCCAGGUCGCUUCACCAACACCUGUUGCAGCCAUCCCCUCCACAUACCAGAUGAGUUGGAGGAAGCAAACGCUCUGGGUGUCAAGAAAGCAGCACAGCGUAGGCUUUUCAUUGAGCUUGGAAUCGAUCCGAAAGAGGUGCCUGUGGAUGAGAUACGGUACCUGACACGCAUCCUCUACAAGGCUCCCUCUGAUUCUACGUGGGGGGAAUAUGAGGUUGACUACAUCCUAUUUGUGCAUAAAGAUGUAGCCAUCAAACCCAAUCCCAAUGAAGUGAAGGAAUCGCUUUAUAUAUCCAGAAAGGACAUAUUACACUUCAUAUCCUCACUUGAAGUACAAGGCCAGGUGAUAACACCGUGGUUCAAGCUCGUGGUGGAGAACUUUCUUUUUGAGUGGUGGGACAACCUGCACAACCUUAGCAAGUUUGAAGACCAUGUGACCAUACACCGUUUGACAGCCAAGACCUCCUAGCAAUCUUUCACAUUCAAUGAACCAGUCUCUGUGAAGGACUUUUUAACCGCUCGGAUACCUCACCCCGACUGUUGUUAUUACUGUUGCACCUGUUUUUAUUUAUCUUUAUAAGGUUUGUUAUAACGUGAUUCAUCUGUUCUGACAAUGAAUACAUGCUGGUGCUUAAAUUUUGAUAUGAGUAGUAAAGACCAUCUAGAGCCAAGACGGUUUAUUCAGGUGGAUUCUGUAGAAGUCAGCAAGUUGGAGGAAGAUCCACGAGUAGGAAAUUUGGCACCUGCCUGAAAUUAGCACAUGGCUAUUCAUAUCAGCUUCCUUUGUAGCCUCAUGCUAUAUCAGGUGGAUGGGUAACGUGUAGCCAAGACACUGGAAGCGAUUAAAGCUGCAUUUCGAAGAGACUCAGCAGCACCUUUGUCAAAGAAGCCAUGCCUUCAUAUCUGUGGCUUUUCAUAUCUUCUUAGCAACUGCAGCGGAUAGAAGCCAAUGCACCCUAUGACAUACUGCGUCCUCCCAUUCAGUAUAUGUGCCUCCUGAUGCAAACGUUUUGACAAAAAAUUAUGAAGGACAAACAUUUGGAAAUGUGAACAAGUGUGUGGCAAAACCCCUUUAAAGAAAAUUGUCUUUCGGUUUUAUUAGAAGUCUCUUUUGUUUCAUUUUUUCUUAGAGGAGUCGCGUAACUUCCGAUGUGCAACUUUGAGCUAGAAAAAUCAUGCUUUACCAGUGCAACGCUACAUUCACGUUAUUGUCUCCCAGCCACUCUACAUCUGCCAGAAGGAAUGGGCUUGGUAAGAAGUAAAACAGCUGGCACUUGUUCUCUGACAUAAGGAAACGACCAUUUUUUUUUUUUAAUAUGUCAACAGCAUGAGUUGCACUUCCAGAGGGACAGCUGGGGAUGACUGUCAUGAUUGCAUGGAGACCUCUCCAUGUACUUAAUGCAGUGCAGCUACGACGUACAGCAGCAGUGCUGUUCUGACAGUUCGACAUUGCUAGUCUAGGUAGUUAGAUGUACAAUCACGAGCAAAAGUCUAGAGACCACAGAAGCCACGAAAAAUUUCGUUAUUCAUAGCCUAGGCAUGCAGGCUGAAAUCAAGUGGUACAGUCUAUGUGCGCCUGUUCUACCAACAUAAUGCAUUGAGAUAAUUUCAUGUUGCAUGGCUACAGUAGAUGAAAUUUUAAAUUUUUUGCUGAUGCGGUGAUCUAGACUUUUGAUUCCGACAGUACAUCAUUGGGAGAGUCCACUGCCCCACCUUGCACUUGACCAUCUGAUUGCUGCAGAUGAACCGUCAGAGUGCAUGUUGUGCAUUUUGUUAAACUAUAAUCCCUAUGUAAUCUUGUGUAAGGUUAUAUUUAUGCCACUGAGACUUAUCCAUCUUAGCGAUAGUUUUUUUGGAUUUGGGCCGUGGCUUGUAAAACCUAACUUUUCUAACCAAAGACAUGUUAAUUGUUUCAAGGUGAGCACUCGCUGACUUCAUGACCUGCAGAACACAUAACACUGCACACCUGCGUUUACCAGUGGACAGCGGGUGGCUCUCAACAGUUGUGAACCAUCAAUUUACACUGAGCAUAGCUCUCGGUGUUUUGUUUGGUAAAAUAAAUAGUUGUUUGCACUUGCAGGCCAUUUUAUUAUGUUUCCAUCUAUCACAUUGUGUACGUGAUAUGAACUCGGUGGUUGCAGAUACGGUUAGUUGUACACUUCUUCCGGUAUUCCGGUAGCAGAUCAUUGUUAUAGGUAUUUAAAUUGAUGAUCAUGAGACAUUACGAGUAUCUUGACCUGGCCUCUGCUUAUGUGUAUCAAAAUCUCGGGCGUAGUUUGGAGGUGAGUCAGCUAUUUUUUUUUUUUUGUUCAGCAAUGCUUUUCACAUACGUACCUGCUUGUCCCACCUUAAAUAAAGAAAACUACUGUUGUGUAA